AAGGAGGAGACACGCACAGACAUACACCGAGAGAAGAGAUUUCUUUUCUAGCUUCGUGGGUUCCCCGCCCCAAGAGCCUCUGUGUGUGUGAGAGGGAGGGGAUGCCUUGGAAAUAAUCAUGCUCCACAGAGGAACAGAUCGGACCUGCAGCUUCUCCAAACAGAGCCUUCUCCUCUAAAGCUCCAGAAAACCAAAAGCAUAAUUAUUAGAAGAAUCUUUAAUUUUUUUUAAUCCAGUCCCUAACCUCAUAUGGAAAUGGAAUAAUUAUUCUGGAUUCUGCAUUGGGAAAACCUCUUCUUUCGCUGCAUUACCCUUGAAUGGAAUCAUUUUUUUCUUUGAAUUUGCAUCACCUCAAGCCAGAAGAUUAACCCACCCCCCCACAAUUUCCCAGCUAAAUUGGAUUUUAAAUUCUCUUUCAUUUCUCCCUUAUCUUUCUUAUGUGGAUAUGCAAGCAAGAAGAGGAGACUGGAUACUCCCAACAUGUUCACUCCCUUAAUCUGUCCGUAUAGAGGUUCUACUUCUACAAACCAAGGGAGUCUAAGAGUUGAAGAUGAGGCCCAGGACAGAGUGCUACUCUCCAAGGUUCUGGUUAGUGCUGGCUGUCUUAGCAGUGUCAGGCAGCAAGGCUCGUGCUCAGAAGAGUCAUCCCAGCAUUGGUAUUGCCGUCAUACUAGUGGGCACUUCAGACGAAGUGGCUAUCAAGGAUGCCCACGAGAAAGAUGACUUCCACCACCUCUCUGUGGUACCUCGCGUGGAGCUGGUAGCCAUGAAUGAGACUGAUCCCAAGAGCAUUAUCACUCGCAUCUGUGAUCUCAUGUCGGACCGCAAGAUCCAGGGUGUGGUAUUUGCUGAUGACACAGACCAGGAAGCCAUCGCUCAGAUCCUUGAUUUCAUUUCAGCCCAGACUCUCACUCCCAUCCUGGGCAUCCAUGGAGGCUCCUCUAUGAUAAUGGCAGACAAGGAUGACUCCUCCAUGUUCUUUCAAUUUGGCCCAUCAAUUGAACAGCAAGCCUCCGUAAUGCUCAACAUCAUGGAGGAGUAUGACUGGUACAUCUUUUCUAUCGUCACCACCUACUUCCCCGGAUACCAAGACUUUGUCAACAAGGUCCGCAGCACGAUUGAGAACAGCUUUGUGGGUUGGGAGCUAGAGGAGGUCCUGCUGCUUGACAUGUCCUUGGAUGAUGGAGAUUCUAAGAUCCAGAACCAGCUGAAGAAGCUUCAGAGUCCCAUCAUCCUUCUCUACUGCACCAAGGAAGAAGCGACCUAUAUCUUUGAAGUGGCUAACUCUGUCGGCUUAACUGGCUACGGCUAUACGUGGAUCGUGCCGAGCCUGGUGGCGGGGGACACGGACACGGUGCCCUCAGAGUUCCCCACCGGGCUCAUCUCCGUGUCCUACGACGAGUGGGAUUACGGCCUUCCUGCCAGGGUGAGGGAUGGGAUCGCCAUCAUCACCACAGCCGCCUCGGACAUGCUCUCUGAGCACAGCUUCAUCCCCGAGCCCAAGAGCAGCUGUUACAACACCCAUGAGAAGAGAAUCUACCAGUCCAAUAUGCUCAAUAGGUAA